AUGGUAUUACUACAAGGUUUAAUAUUUGGUCGUGCUUUAAUGGAAUCAUUAGCACGAAAGGGGUCAACGCCAACAGCAGCUGCUAUACGUCUUUCGCAUCGAAAUCGGACGCAACGUAAAAAUGGAAUGCAUCGUGGAUUUAAACAUACGGUAAAUCCGUAUGAACGUAAAGAAUUACUGCAAAGGUUAGGGAGUUGUUCAGUUCGUCAUUUGUCAUCGGGGACAGGAGCAGCGUCAUCACCGAAGUCGUUGAAUGAGUUUCUUAAGGAUGAAGUUUGGAUUCCAGUUUAUCGUUUUCGAGGAAUUCAUUAUUCUGUUAUGGCUACGAAAGUGAAACUCGCGUUAACAAUAUCAAGUGUAUCAUUGAUACCAUAUAAAUACUGGCAGUAUCUUGAUGAUACAGUAUCCAUUGAUCAUUUCAUAUCCAUUUCGGCUUUCGCCUCAUUCACAACAUUAGCAUUUAUCUUCUUUUGCAGAUUUUUCAAUGGCUUAAUAGGUGUGAUUUCGAUGAACGAAACAAACGAGUAUAUACGAGUCGGAUAUUUGUCAUUUUGGGGGACGAGAUGUAAUAAAUACAUGAAAGUAGAUGAUGUAAUACCGCUUAAUGAAUUAAGUACCGGCAUCAACAACAAAGUUAUUCGGCUUCGACAGUAUUCAUCGAAUGGAAUGCUGCGUCUGUCAUUGUUUAAUGCGGAACUUUUAGACAAAGAACGAGCCACUAUCUUGUUCGGUGAUAUUAAUGUCUUUUCUUCUGCCAAAAAAACAGAAUGA